UGGCGGAAGUUUUGGAUGGAUUUUGGCCAUCGGAAGAGAAAAUGUGGAAAUACAAGUCUUCUUUGGGGAUUUUUGUGGGCGUGUCAGUCGCCACACUUACUUACUACCUCACUCGUGUUGUCAAAAAGCCGUUGCUGAUCACAGGCAGUGCUGCUUGUGCAGACUUCCUCCAGCGGCGCUGUCCUGUGCUGGUACAGGAGUACUACCCGACUGUCUGGUGCUUCACAUCACGUCUACACACCAUCAUGUGCUCGGUACUGGGUGAUUUGACAACCUGGAAACUGCCACCAUACAGACGAGAGAUUCUAGACAUGCCUGAUGGAGGGGAGCUCCACCUGGACUGGCUGGAUCACCAUGGCAACAGUCACCAUGACAACAGGACACGCCCCAUCAUAGUUAUCCUCCCAGGGAUGUCAGGUCACAGUGGCUCCUAUUACGUCAUCAACCUGGCCCGAGGAGGCUGUGAGAGGGGUUACAGGAGUGUUGUGUACAAUCAUAGGGGCAGCAACGGGGUCAAACUGAAGAACAACAGAUACUACUGUGCAGCUGACACCAGUGACCUCCUGCUUGUAGUAUCUCACAUCAGGAAACUCUACCCUGAAGCACCAGUCAUGGCUGUCGGGGCAUCACUUGGAGGGAUGAUCAUCUUCAACUACCUGGCCAAGUUCGGCGCACACUGUGGCCUUGUAGCAGCUAUGGUCAUGUCCAUGCCUUGGGACGCCUCGAAGACAACCAAAUCUCUUGAAGAACCUCUGAACCAGCUGCUGUUUAACAAGUAUCUGACAUACGGACUGAGAAAAUAUAUAAGACAAAACAGGGAAAUGUUUGACAAGGACAGUCGUGUGGAUGUUGAUCACGCCCUCAAGUCGUCUACCAUAGCUGAACAUGAUGAUUGUUUCACCACCAAAGUGUUUGGUUUUGAGUCAGUGGAACACUUUUACACCCUUGCGAGUGCCUGUAACAAAGUCAGCAGAGUCCAGACACCCGUGCUGAGUCUAAAUGCAGCGGAUGACGUCUUUGCUCCAUUGUACACCAUUCCAACUGAAGAGAUAGAAAAGAACCCAAACAUCGCGCUGGUUAUGACAUCCCACGGAGGCCACAUCGGCUUCGGUGAUUGGCUGUCUCCUACCCGGGAGAGUUUCAUGGAUAAACUGUACCAACAAUACUUGGAUGCAGUCUUCAAGUUCAAGUACGGAGAGGAAGAGCAUAUAGAAGAGAUGUAAGAACCAUGUCAGCAGAAUGUACUGCACCUGUGCAAAACUCAGAUUUUUGUCAGAAGCUUGGUAGCAUCAAAAUUUUGCCUGUAGCAGACGAAAUCUUUUCCAAGAUGAACAUUUGAGAACUAGACGGAGUGUUAGCCUUAU